UGGCGAAGUUGGAGGGCUCCAGGUUAGACGUUCCUUCUCCCGUUUUAUAGACAAGUCUAGAAAAAAGAAAAAUCCUUAAAUAAGAACAUUUUUCUAAAACUGAAAUCAAAAUGAAUUCCAUUUUCAUCUUGUUUCUGGGACUAGGCAUGGUCCCUCUGAUAUCUGGAGCCUCCACCUUCAAUGCAACUUUUAUUUGCGAACUGGUGGUCAAUGGAACCAAGAUGAACGAUCCUAGGGCCUGCAACGCCUGGGUUCAGUGCAUCGAUGGCACACCUGUGAGUGGAACCUGCGGCACUGGACUUUUCUACGACAGGGAGAGCCAAAAGUGUCUGCCCUCCGCUAGCGUUAAAUGCCUUUCCAGUGAUCCCUGUGCUGCUCUAACCACAGGCUUUGCGGCCGAUCCGUACUCCUGCAACGGGUAUUAUUACUGCAUGAAUGGCAAGGGAACGCACGGAGUCUGCAAUUCGGGAAUGAACUACAAUUCGGGAACGCAAGACUGUAUUCGGGAUUUUCCAUGCGCGGAUAAAAUGGAUCCCGAUAGUUUGUGCAACAUUCUGCCAGAUGGUGUCUUCAUUAAGGACACAAACAACUGCAACGGCUACCAGAUGUGCUGGAAUGACCAAGUGAUAAACGGCACCUGUCCAGGCACUUUUUACUUCAAAGCCUCCACAGCCGAGUGCGAUUAUCCGCAGGAUGUGAACUGUGAUAUCACCGCGGUACCGGAUAUUAUCGAAAAGGGUGUGUGUCCCGAUUCCGGUGGUUUUAUUUCCGAUAAUAAAACUUGCAAUGGCUACUACUACUGCAAGGCCGUGGCAGAUGGAGAGUUUUCAUUGGAGCACGGCGUGUGUUCAGAUGGACGAUUUUUCCUGGCCACCGAUGGAGGGGCAUGUGUGCCGCGUUCCAAAGUGAAAUGUUCUUAUGAUCGAUGCGUUGGUUUGGGCAAUACCACCAUUCAGCUGGCCAACGAGUCGGAUGAUGGAUGCCAUGGAUACUCGAUCUGUCAAGAUGGUGUUGUCAUUGGCCAGGGAACCUGUCCGCAGGACGAGUACUUCGACGAACUGACUCAGCGCUGUACCACCCAAACGAUAACUUAUGCCGCCUGUCAGAUAUCAGACGUAACGACCACCGGGACCCAAGUCGAACAGGUGACGGUAGUGAGUGAUGGUUCUACCACCAACUCGGUAUCGUGAGCAGGGAAAGUUAAUAACUUUAACUAGGCAAAUGUUAUUGGUUUCGUUGCCACAAUAAAUGUGAACAAAUAUCAAGUGUUGUUAUCUAGUCUAAAAACUAUAAAUUUAGCAGAUCACCUGUUUCUUUA